AUGGGCUUCACCACUGGCUUCACCGGCGGUGUAACCGUAACCCUAGGCGUAGCCUACCUCACAGUCCUCGCCCACCAACGCAACCGCGAAACCCAAUCCCACACCCUCCGCACCCAACACCACGUCCUCUCCUCCCUCCUCGAGCCCCAAAUCCGCAUCCCUCCGCCCCUAACCCGCGCCGAACAGGCCGUCCAGGACCGCGAGACGCUCCUCUCCUCCGCCAAAGACCGCUGGAACCGCGAGGUCGAGAACGCCGUCCGCUGGGCGCAGCGCACCGACUGGGGCGAGGUGCGCGAGGGCCUCGAGAGCGGCGCCGCGCGGUUCUGGGGCGGGAGUAUCGAUAAGACCGGCGAGGCGGAGCAGGCUGUCGAGAAGAGGGCCGUCCCCUUGGCCAAGGAGGCCGCGGCACGAGGCGGCGCCGUCGCGGAGCAAGGAGGUGCGGAGAUCAAGAAGGAGGCGCGCAGCGCCUGGGAGCGCGCGAGGGAAAAGAGCCUCGCUGCCGAGGAGGCCGCGCGCUUCAGGGCCGCCGAGGCGAAGAAGGUUCUCGACGCCAAAGCCGCCGAGGCCAAGAAGGCCAUCGACGCAAAGGCCGCCGAGGUCAGGGCCGUCGUCGGCGACGUGGUGGACAAGGGACGGCAGCAGGGUGAGGCGGUGCUCGUAGCGGCCAAGCAGGCGGUGGGCGUGGCCGAGGACAAAGUCAGCGUCAAGGCGGACGGCGCGGUCGCGCCCGCGACGACGCCGGUGCAGAAGGCGCUGCACCAGCGGUACGAGAAGCCGAGCGGGUUGACCAAGAGCGUCAAGGAGGUGCUGGCGGAGCGGUACCGCAAGAUGGACGAGCAGGAUAAUACGCAGCUUAGGGGUAUCUGA